AUGGAGCGGCAAAACGUCCUGCAGGCGCUCGAGGUGGUGUACGGGAGCCAUGGCUCCGGCGCGGGCAUCCGGGAGGCGUCCGACUUCAUCGAGCGGUGGCAGGACAGCGAGGACGCGUGGUCCUUCAGCGACCAAAUGCUCCAUGACCCGGACGCUCCCAUGGGCGCCCAGUUCGGGUGCGCCAAAAUCCUGCGAACAAAGGUCGAGAAGGACUUGGACCAGCUCCCGGCGUCCGCCAUCCCGCAGCUGCGGGACUCACUAGUACAGUUGUUGUUGAAGUUCUGUCAGGGUUCGCCGCCCGUCCGGACGCAGCUCUGCCUGGCGAUCGCCGCGCUGGCCGCGCACCUGCCCGCCGUCGAGUGGGGCGGCGUCGGCCCCGUGCGCUGGCUCGCAGACGGCCUCGGGCGCCUCGACAGCAAGAUCGCGCUGCCGUGCAUGCUGGAGCUGCUCACGGUGCUCCCGCAGGAGGCCGAGGGCACGAAGGCCGCGGUGCGUCCCCAGCGGCGGCGCGAGUUCCUGCAGGAGCUGGUGGCCAGCGUGCAGGGCGCGCUCGAGGUGCUGGCGUCGUGCCUGAACUACCCCGAGGACUCGGCGCAGAGCCAGGUGCUGGACGCGUUCGCGGCGUGGCUGCGGCUGACGACGCUCGGGCCGGACGCGGCGGCGCGCGCGGGCGCGGACGGCGCGCAGCUGGCGGCGUCGCCGCUGACGGACGCGGCGCUGGCGGGCCUGAGCCGCGGCGCGCUGUUCGACUCGGCGGUGAACGCGGUGUGCGAGCUGAUCUGGUGCACGACGCACAGCCCCGGCGGGCACGUGGGCGCGCCGCCGGAGAGCAUGCUGCCGGCGGUGCACAAGAUCGUGCCCGAGGCGAUGAAGCUGCGCGCGCGGUUCCUGGUGGCGUCGCGGCGGGCGGCGAACCCCGAGGACGAGAGCAUCGACGUGCACGGGUGGGACGACGACCACGAGACGGCCAAGGGCAUGGCGCGGCUGUUUGCCGAGACGGGGGAGGCCUACUCGGGCAUCGUGGUGUCGGGCGCGGGGGGCGCCGCGGGCGGGGAGCUCGUGGAGGCGAUGCUCGAGGUCGCCGGGCACCCCGACGACACGAUCUGCGCCAUCUCGUUCAACUUCUGGCACCGCCUCUCGGUGGAGCUGUGCGUGCCGCCGCCGCCGCCGCGCGACGAGGCGCAGCAGCGCGCGAACGCCGAGGAGGCCGCGCGGCGGCGCGCGGCGUUCGUCCCGGCCUUCGAGCAGCUCGUGCGGCUCAUCCAGGGCCGCGUGAAGUACCCGCCCGAGUACGAGGCGUGGACGCGCCAGGAGCGGCACGAGUUCAAGCGCGCGCGGUACGCCGUCGCGGACACGCUCGAGGACGCCGCCAACGUCAUCGGCGGGACGCGCAUCAUGGGCAUCCUCGUCGGCCCGCUGCAGGGCCUCGCCGCGGCGGUGCAGGCCGGGCAGGCCUUCGACUGGGUCACCGCCGAGGCCGCGCUGUACUGCAUCCGGUCGGUGUACCGCGUGGGCACGCAGAGCGGGCCGGAGCUGCUCGGGGAGCUCUUCGGGACGGUGCUGCCCGCGCUGCCGGGCCACCCGCGGCUGCAGUACACGGUGUGCCUGACGUGCCAGGCCUACGCCGACUGGCUGGCGUCGCCCGACGCGGCGCGCGUGGCGCCGGGGGCGCUGAUGAGCUCGAUGCGGCUCGUGUCGGAGUGCCUCGGCGACAAGGAGGCGUGCGGCGCCGCGGGGCAGGCGUUCAAGCACCUGUGCGACGCGGGGGGCGCGGAGCUGCAGCCGCAGCUCCCGCAGAUGAUGGCGCUGCUGCAGAAGGUGCUGUGCUGCGGGGCGGUCGCGCGGCUGGCCACGGAGCCCGCGCCGUUCCCGAUCAGCGAGGUGGAGGUGUCGCAGAUGCUCGAGGGCGUGUCGCUGCUGGUGGGCACGCUGCCGCAGGGGCAGGUCACCGAGGGCCUGGCGUCGCUGCUCAACCCGAUCAUGGGCAUGCUGCACCAGCUGGUGUCCGCGGGGAUCGCGUUCCGGACGCCGCAGCACGACGUCGCGCUGGCGCUGGUGGAGCGCACCACGCAGGUGUUCCGCAACGUGGUCAACCCCACGGCGCGCGCGGCCGCGCUGCCGACGCCGCCGCACGUGAUGCAGGCCGCCGCGCAGGCGCUGCAGUCGGCCUGGCCGCUGCUCCUGACCGCGUUCGAGGCGCUCGGCGCGGACGUGGACAGCGUCGAGAAGCUGUGCGUGUGCCUGCGCAACGGCGUCAAGGCCGCGGGGGCGUUCUGCGCGCCGCUGGUGCCCGCGCUGCUCCAGGAGCUGCCGCGCAAGUUCCACGACCAGCGCCACGCGUGCUACCUCUACGUCGCCUCGGAGCUCGUCAAGACCUUCGGCAACCAGCCCGGGGAGGCCGAGCACCUGCGCGGGCUGGUGCACGGCCUCCUGGGCGAGGCCGUCGCGCAGCUGGCCUCGCCGCAGGACUUCUACCAGCACCCCGACGUCGCGGACGACGCCUUCCUCCUCGCGUCGCGCACCGCGACCUACUUCAGCCCCGCGCUGUGCGGGCCCGCCAGCGGCGACCUGAUGGAGCGCCUGGUGUGGACCGCGGUGCGCGGGCUGCACGUGCUGCACCAGGACGCCUUCCUCUCCGUGCAGGCCUUCCUCGUCAAGGCGCUCGACCCGGCGUGGGUCACCGUGGCGCCCGCGAUGGACGGCCUCCUGCAGGAGGUGGGCCCGCAGCUGGCGCUGGCGGUGCUGGCGGGGGUGUGCGGGGCGCUGCCGGCGGCGCGCGUGCACGAGCUGUCGGAGGUGCUGCUCGCGCUGCUGCGCGUGCAGGGCGGGCGCGCGGCGGGCUGGGUCGGGCAGUGCGUGGGCGUGGUGCCCGAGGUGGUGAUGACGGCGGGCGACAAGGAGCGCUUCCUCGAGGCGUGCGGCGCGGCGGUGCGGAGCGCGAGCAGCUCGACGCGCGAGACGAUGCAGCAGCUGCGGGAGUACCUCGCCGACGCGUGCGCGGACGUGGCGGACCUGUGCCGGCGGAAUCGGCGCAUGCAGGACGCGGCGCUGAUGGCGCUGGGGGCGAUGCAGCAGGGCGCGCCCGGACGGUAG